UUUGAAUCCGGAGACGAGACGGAAGGCUAUGUAAAUUUCGACUCCCUUUUUCUCCUUUUCUGCUCCGUCGCUGGCCUGUCGCACGAUUCCAUGGGGAUAUUCGCCGUGCUCGUAAUAUGAAUGCAAGAGUACCCCGAUGUCUCCGCUAGGUCCCAUGAAUGCAGCAGCAGGACAUGGCUUCUUCCAGCCGGCUUACUUCAAGAACAAAAUCCAAUCUCCUAGAUGACCUUGACCUCCAGCCUGUCCGUGAGGUCAGAGGUCGAGUGCUGAACGAUGUGCCUCACGACGACGAUUCCUCUCCCCCCUCUCCGAAAGUGAAGUUCAACUUUGUCAACGUCGCUCUUCCUAAAUUGCCCAGAGGAGGAGCGGAGGACUAUGAGAGACCAAAUGAGAAAACUUCCAGAUCCAGAGCAAGGAAGGACAUGGAACCGAAGAAGGAAAGACAAAGAAGGGUCGAAGACUUGCAGAGAAAUAUGGAGGAAGGACGCCGUGAAUUUGUCUCGCAGCUUUUAAGGCGGGGUGUUCCGAUGUGGGAGGAGGUGUCAGAAGAGGAACAUAAUAGUAGAUUUAUAGGAGGAACAAAUCCAUUUCAGUAUCAGCACAGAAGUAGGAGCAGAGAUGCAACAAAUAUAACCCAGCACAGUACUUAUCAGAAAUCCAGUAAGGUCCCCUCAGCAGUUUGGGAAGAUGUCUCAAAAGUACCUAGCAUAUCCCAGAACAUUCCAAGUGAAGAUGGCUUUUAUUCAGGUGGCUCCAGUCGUAAUAACACAGAGAGGAAAGGAGAUACCAUUCUUGACAAUGAUAUCCAAGGAAGUCGAGAAGAUGUCCGCAGUGACUAUGAAGAGGGUCGUGAGCAGCACAACGAACCACUUCAACAAUCUCCCUCGGAGUUACAGCCGGCCUCACAGACCAGUUCGCCAGGCCGUCCAUCGGAACAUUCCCCAACACAGUGCUCAAAUACUCACGAUGACUUGCCAAUUCAAGACUCGGCCAGGGAGCGUCAGAGGUAUCACAUGGUCAUAGAUGAUGAGUCUAGUCAUGCAGAGGGCAGGGAGGAGGUCCCCGAGAGAAGUGCCAUAAGAAUGAAGAGAAAGUCUGGUGGGAAGAUCGAGGAAAGUGUUAUAACAACCAGAAGUUGGCGAGUUGGAGAACGUUUAGCCAGGGAGCGUUAUGGGCCCCUGCCACAAGCACCUCAGGAUGAAGAUCAGAAGGACAAAGGAGAAGAAGAGAAACAUGAGAGAGAAUCCACAAGAGAAAGUAGGAACAAGAGAGAUCUUUCAGCAUCUUCUCGUGAUGAAACACAACCCCCAAGAUCACGGCAAAGAUUUGCCAGCCAGAAAGAUGAAACAGAGAGGGAACCAGCCCCACCCAAAACUCCACCAAGAGUGCGCAGUUACAAGCAAGAAGAAAUCCAAAAGUAUAUGGAAAACAAGCGAUCAGAAAGACUGAAGAGCUUGAAGGAAAUGAAGACCCAAAGACAGUUAGAAAAGCUUAAAAAGGAGGAGAGAUUAAAAGAACUGGCUCAGAAGACUAAGGAAUUAGCACAGACUGGCAAGAAGCAAAGUGUUCCCGAACGUGAGAAGAACCAAGAUGCUAAUUCAAAGGGCGAUGCUCAUAUUGAGAAUUCUCAGUGGGGCUGUCCAAGUGAUUGCCACCAUGACACUGUCCAGAGCCCAAGCCUUAACCCAGUAGUCCAAAAUGCUGUUGAUCCAGUACAAGCGACUGCUAAGUCUAAAGAUGAAAGUUCUGCUAAGAAGGGAAGAAUUGAAAAAAUAAGUGGACCUAGUGGGGAAAAACUUGAGGGUGCAAAAGUUGCACAUACUAAAAAGACCAAGAAAGAGGGGAAAAAGAGAAGAAAAAAGAGAACUGUGUCUUUGAGUGAUAGUGAUAGCAUAAGUGAAAUUGUAAGUAGAACCCUUGAGGAAUGUGAGAGACAGGUCAGAUCUUCCAGUAUUUCCCUUGAAAGUAUCUCUUCAUCAUCCUCCGUGUCCUUAAGUUCCUCAGACAGUGAGAUGAAGAGCAGUGAAUCACAAUCCAGUACCUCAAGCUUUGACUUUCGGCCAAAACCGCGUGUACUCUCUCUAGGUCAAAUGGCGCAAAAGCUUACAAGUAGAAUUGAAAAAGAAGAGGAAAAUCUGCGUUUAAAUACUGGUCAGAAGAGGGAAGGGGAACCAGACAGUGUUCCUUUACAUCAAUCAAAAGUCUCAAGAAGUGGAGUGAAGGAAAUUCCUCCAAGGGAAACUCUCUCCUACUCCCAGAUACAGACACUCUCAGUGGAUGAACUGAUAGCAAGAAUGACUGCCAUGCUUCCUCAGAGUGCCUCAAGAGUGCAAGGAAGGGUGGAUCAAGUUCCUACUCAGACAACCAGCACUAAACAUAAUGACCCCAUAGAAAAAAAUACCCAAGCAUCUCUGACACCUCAAAUGAUUCAUCAGAGAUUGAGGCAGGAGCAGCAGAGUCGGAAGCAGACUCCAUCACCCAGAAUGAUUGCAGCAGAAAAGGAAGACAUACCUGAUUUAUUACCACCAGAGAUACCAACAUUACAGCUGUCUGGAGGUAAUAUUGCCAGGCCUCCUGCAGGCACUUCAGUCCCUCAGCCAAAGGUGAACACUCUUCUUUCCUUGCCAGGAAAUAACAUUCCAUCAGUAAAGGGCCAAGUGGUGCAAGAGGUCCCAAAUGGUUCAUCAGCUUUCCAGUUUGUAGGAUACAAUCCUCAAAAGAUCCCAGGGACACCAGAGCCACAUUCUUAUGGAAGGAAAAACAUGAUGGAGAAAGCUGCUCUGUGCAUUCAAUCAGUCUAUAGGGGCUAUUGUGUACGAAAGGUUACAAGUGCAAUAUUGGGGAAAAAGUUUGGAAGACCUAUAAAGAAGAUUGCAGUGGUGAGUCAGACAAUUAGAAUAGGCAACAGCAUGCAACAUACCACCCCAGUGCAAAAUAAGUUCUUUAAAAAACACAGUUUAAAGACAGACCAGCCUAAUAGAGGUGAAUUUUCUUCAAGUGAUGAAUGCAAUGAGGUAGACUGGAGGAAAAUCAAAAUGGGGUUAGAAAACAAGAGCUUGAUACCCAAGAGAGAUGCCCCCUACAUCUUUAAAAAAACAGAUUUACCAGAAUGGAUCAAGCCAUACAUUGUUUUAAGUGAGACUGGAAAUAUUGACAACUUCAUUGAGAGCAGAGGCAGGGAACAAGAGACCAUAGGGCAGUUAGUGGCAGAGGGAGAACACAGUCAUCACCCCCAGAAUAAUAUUGAGAAUAAUGACAGCGACAAGGAAAAUAUUGAGGUUUUGGAUAACACUGAGUUAGAUGCUACAUUAACAGAAGGACCAAUAUCUGAUGUUGACAAGAGAGAAACUCAUAAUGUACAGGAAAAAGAAACUCAGACAAAUCUUGAUGGAGCCAGAUAAAAACACAUUUGUAGACUUGAAGAAAACUUUUACAGGUGAAAAGACCUUGCUGUUAAGUAAUGCAGGUACUAGCAUAAAGAAUACAGAAAUUAAUGAAGGAGCUGUAGCAAUGAAGCCUAAAGCAUCUUCACCAGGAGUAAAGUAUGUUAAUGUUGAGACAUCUAAAGCUUUAAAGUCUAUGCGGAAUAGAUCAGAAAAACAUGAAGUAACUAUAGAAGAAGGCCCUUUAGAUGAAGAAUCACGUUAUGCCACAGUUCACACAGAGUCUAAAGUGUCUUCCAGUGAAAGUGAGAGACCCUAUCCUUCAGACCUUGAAGAAGGGGAAAUACUGGGGUCGUCUGGGGUUCAGGAAACCCCAUAUUCCUCAGUAGGUGAUGACGAUGUACGAGCUCCACACCAGUUACUGGGCAAGGGACCCCAUUUUGCCCCUGCUAGCCUGAGGUUGAGGCUGAAUGCAGAGCUUAUGUAUCAGGACACAGUAGGAGAAGCUUUGAGUCAGCUCCGUGAUGCAGAACAGUUCCGAAUACUAUCCAAAAGCAGCCAAGAAGCCAUAGCUUACUCACAGUCAUUAGCUCUUGAACAUCAGGAAAGAUUAGCAGAGGAGCAGAGAAGGCAGAGGAGGACAGGAGAAUUAGAGAAGACCAGAAGCGGCACCAAGAGGCCCUACUCAGUGUGGAGAGGAUGGAGAGGGAGGCGAAAGAUCGCCUCACUCAGUUAGAAAGGGAAGUACGUGCACGAGCAGAGCAGAUUUUGUCAAGUACCACUCAUAUGGCUCCUCCUCAGCCAGCUGGUUCUCAGCCAGAUGUGAUAACAAUCUCUCAGUGGGAGAGGCUGAGACCUGCCAGAGGGGGUGCCAGUUCAGGACUUGAAUCUAGUGCUGUAAUUUUGAGUCAGGGAUCUGUUUCAUCUUCCAUGAAGGACUCUCAUCAUUAUUCAAGUACUUUCACUGGGUCUUCUGAUGGCCGGUCACGAUCUAGAGGGUCUCGUAGUGAGAAGUACUCUUCUAGUAGAUCAACUUCCAACAAGAGUCAUAAGUCAUCUUCAGUUUCAGAAAGGAUAAGUGAUGCAAGUGUUGAUAGGUCCAAAAGUUCAGUGGCAGAAGAUUUACCUUCUAGUAUUCACUCAACAAGUACAAAAUAUUCAGUAGAGGAACAGGUUUUGUCAGCAGCUGAGUCAAGCAGAAGAUCAUCUGUGUCAGAGGAAAUUAGUACAGAAAGGAGCAUACCAACUGUUGGUCACAGAAAAACAACCCAAUCAGAGUCCUCUGUUCAAGAAGAGGAGGGCCUUGUAGGUACUACUACUUCUCAAGAUAGGUCAGUGAUAGAGGAAGUGGAAAGUGAUGUACAAAGUAACAAAUUGAAGGAGACAAAAUCAGUCUCAGAAGCCUUAAUUAGCACAAGAAUGUCCCAAAAAGAUGAUACUAUACAGUCCUCUUACGGAGAUAGACCCUCGACUCAUAUUACAGAGGAAACUCCUGGAUCAGGAAGUGGUUCUCAGGAAUUAAUUGAAGAUAUUGCUGGAACAAGUACUAAUGUUAGCAGUGGUUUAGUUUCUUCUACCAUGAGAGAGUCGCUACCAUCAAAAUCUGCAACAUCAUUGUCAGAGGUGUAUAGCAAGGAGCCUUCCAAAAGUGAAAGUAGCCAAGUACAGGAAAGUAUCAGAACUUCCAUGCACAGCAAGGAAUCAGUCUCGACAUCCAGGACAAAAUCUUCAUCCCCCACCACAUCAAAGUCACGCACAGAGUCGGUUCAGAAUGAGUCAAAGGAAAAGUCUGAUGCCUAUUCAGAAUCAUUUGAGGUGGAAUCUGGUAGUGAUGGUUCAUCCUCCUCAUCAGCCAUUCCCUCUCAGAGCAAGAGAGUAAGAGAUUACAAUGGUGACUUGUCCAUAGUCGUCACCUCAGCCAACAUUUUGACUGCCAUGGACCAGAUGGACUACACAGCUGGUGGUGGAUUACCCAGUGGGAUGUUAACUGGAGGAAGCAGUAGUGCGCUAGGAAUGACGCUAAACAUGAUGGAGUCUAUGCAGAAAGAAGAAGAAUUGCGGCACCAGCACCAAAAGGCGCUCCUAAAAUUACAAGAACAGUCCCUGAUAGAAGAAGCAAGAUGGAAAUUAGCUGCCUUGCAGUCUGAAGGAGGUCCAGGGCUACGGAAAAAGCAACGAGCUGUCCUGCUACAGCUGCGGGAGCAAAGGGCACAUCUGCGACGCUUGAUUGAGACACAGAACCUUGCUGCGCAACAAAGGAGGUUGUUACUUUUGCAACAUUAUCAUCUCCUUGCUACCACAAAUGGUGCAGCAGCAGUUGGUGCCAGAGGAUGUGUGACUACCUCCAGAGGUCAGUCGCCAAAUCCAACCUCACCUCGUUUGACUCCCAGAAUGAUGGAGGUCAACAUAUCUUCCUCAAGUGAGAGUCAAGAUGAUAUAUCAUUGCAUUUGUCGCUAAAGGGCAAGGAUGCAGGGUCCAGCAGUCCCUCGGAUGGUGGAGGGAGAGAGAAGCGGCGUUCACACUCGGAAGAACGCAAGAGAAUAAGUUCAAUGCGCCUGCAAGAAAAGCGCCGGGCGACUGAGGUGGACCUCUUGCACCAACAGCUGCUCCAGGAAGAGAAGGAGAUCUUCAGACUAAAGAGCCAGGACAAGGACCCAGGCAAAGUGAAAAGAAAGGGUGAAAUUGGAAACAGGAGGCCAAGGGAUAAGAGAGAGAAGAGUCCAACUUCCUCCUCUCCUUUGGCCACACUGGUUCAAGACAAUUUGUCAUCAACAGGGAGCUCUGUUCCUGAAGAGAGUGUUGAUGCAUCUGCCCAUGACAGCCAAAGCUCAGUGCCAGAAGAAGGAGGAACAGAAUCUGUGUGUCAUAGUGAUGCCGCUUCUUCUGUGUCAGAGCAUGAUGGACUCAGUUUGAGGAGUAAAUCAUCUAUUCCUCUAGAGUUAUCUGGUGCAAAAAAGUUACCAUCAAGUGAAGAAAUUAUUAAUUCAAGAUUAGCAGGUAGCGCUCGAAGCUCAUCUGCUCGAACCAUAGCAAGUGAGAUUCAGACCUCACAUGUGAGUGAGGAUAUAGAAAAUGUGUCAGCUGCUAAGUACUCCAAGUCAGCAGAAAGCAAAUCAAACCCCCAAUCUUCAGUUGAUUCAAAAAUUUCUAAAUCCAGUGAUAAAACAAGUAGCAUUAGAACACUAGUGAGCGAUAGUAAUUCAAAAAGCACAGACAGACCUAGUUCUGUAAAAUCUGAAGGAAAUGAGAAAACUUCCAAAUCUGCAGAGGGUCAAAGCACCAUAAAAACUAGCUCAAUAGUUUCAGAGAUACCGAGUCGUAGUAGGACAGACACUGCUGUUUCUGAGGAGGUGUCCAGAGAAACCAAAAGCCAAGCAGCAUCUGCCUCCUCACGAUCAGGAAAUGAGUCAAACCAUGCGAGUGAAACCAAGUCAGGGGAAGGAAGGUCUUCCAGUCAAAAACUUUCAUCUGCAAAGGCUCUGCCUCUCCCUAUCAGGGUACCACUGUCGCCACGCUCACCCCACAGGCACCACAGGCGCUACUCAAGUGAAUCAGAUGACUCAUUCACUCUUUCACAAACAGAAACUGCAUCAGAUAUUUCUGAUGGGGAGGGAAAACUAUUGGCUCUCAAGGAACAACUGGCCUCCAGACGAGCGGAAGCCGACCGUUUGCGGAGGGAGAAGCGCAGGCUGAGGAGGGAACGUCUUGCUUCUCAAGAACAUGCUCUGAGGCAGCAGAUCUCAGCUUACGAUUCUUAUAUCCAACAAGCUCGCAUGGAACUUGAAAAGGAAUCAAAAGAGCUCCAGCAAGCAUCCAUGGUCAGGCCUCUUAUUAAAAAGCCACAGGUUGCAGAGACCAAAAAGUCAAGGCAGUCAGAAUCUAUUUUAACCAGCCCUGAUAGGUCAGAUAUCUCUGAAACCUCCAUUCUCUCUGAGGGUGCCAAGUCUGAACAGUCUGAAAAGUCUUCCUCAAAGUCAAAAGAAGAAAUUAUCAAGGCAUCUAGCUCAGUAUCACCUAGAGAGUUAGAAUCACAGAAGUCCCAGGCAAAGAGUUUAUUGCCUGAAAGCACUCCCACACCUGUACAAAAUGAAAUAAUCGAGAAGCAGCCAGAGAAAACUCCAGAUGUACUGGAUCCAACAGCUCAAGAUCAACAGAGUGCACUUGAAGAUGCUGACGCAUCUAGGGUUUCACGUACAUCAUCUAUCUCAGAGGAUUAUAGUUUUGAUGAAGAGACAACCACAACUGAACAUUCCAUUGAAAAUGCUUCUCCUUCCCCACACAAAUCUUUAUCUCAUGACUCCAGCCAAGACACGGAUCACACUCCAUCUCAGGCCUCCAGUACUGAAACCAUUGUACAGAGUCCCAAGAAACAAGAUUCAGGACCAAAGGAUGAUGAUGACAGUAUUUUAAGUGAAAUUAGUGGUUUAGGAUCACAGAAUGAACAGGACAAAAGUAAAGAUGAGAGCAGAGUAAUAGAUCUGAACAAGAUAGACAAUGGUAAGCAGGAGGAAGAAGACCAGAUUGAUGUGGAAUGUGCUCAACAAGAAUCAAAAUCGGAGAAAAAAGAGCUUGUUGAUAGUCAAUUACCAAAUGUCUUAGCUGAAACUGAGAAAAAAUUAGAGAUUUUCAUACCAACCCCAGACUUGGGAUCUCAGGAAGGUUAUGACUCAUCAGAACAAGAUAAAGAUACGAGUUUGGAAGGCAGUAUUGGUGAGGAAAUAGUAGAGGAACAAUAUGAAGAAAGUGAACGUGAGGCAAGUGGUAAUUUUGUUGAUUCAAGAGAGGAUGCAUUUGCUCUCCAGUCUGCAGACAAGAAGCAAGAGGAGGAUCAUUCUGGUUCUCAGUCACUGGAUUUCAUCGCCUCUGGCAAAGAUGCUUCUUCAGAGAAGAAUAACGAAAAUUUAUCAAAAGUUUUUCAAAAGAUUGAUUCUGUAGAGGACGUACAUCCAAUGGAAGUGGAUGAUGGUCAGGCCCAUUCCCUAAGAACUCAGCGACUGGUUGAUGACAUUUCCAAUAAUCUGUUGGCAUCUAUGAUGAAGGAAACUUCUCAACUCUUCACUUCCAUUCUGAAGGAAAGAAACACAAGUUCAGACAUUUCUGAUGUUAAGGUUGCUAGAGAGGAGCCUUCAGUAAGUUCUGUAGGUGAACGAAGUCUCCCUAAGACGAAAACAGAAGUGCAGCCCCCUCACCUGGAUGAUGAAAGCAAGAAUAAAGGAGCCCCUGCAACUCACCCAGAAGAUCCUCCUACCUCCUCUGUAUCCAGUAGCAAGUCUCAGAUUCUGAAGCGAGUGAGUGACUUGAUUGCAGAAGGCAACACAUCUCCUCGCUCCCCAUCUGUGACCUCUCCUCGGCAAAAUGAACUGGUGUUAACUCCACAGUUAACAUUUGAUUUAAGCCCGGAUGUCCUUUCUCCAGCAUCUUCUACACCAGCCUCGCCAACCAAAGUUAGUGUCGGCUUGGAUAACAGAUUGCCUGAAAAGUCUGCACCAUUUGAUAAGACUUCGCAGCAAGAACAGGAAGAGAUAGUGUCUCCUACACACAGUCCCAGCAAGGGCCAUGGCAACAACCUGGAUAUGGCAGCACUAACCAACAAAUUGUUGAACAUAGCUGCAACCCCUGAUCUCGAUCUUGAUGAUAAGCUUGGGCAGUUAGAUGGAGAUGACACUGAGUUCUCAGUGGAAGGGAUUGAAGGGAACUGGUUUGAUGACGACUUCUGGACCUCGGCGGACAAUCGCAAGAAACAGCAACAGUUGAAAGCGGAGGAGGAGCGGAUUGCUGCAGAGAUUGCUCGUCUGGAGGAGUUGCAGCGCCUGCAGGAACAGUUUCCUGGCUUGGUCAUCCGAGAAGUCCCCAACAAGCCGCCCCCGCCUUACACUCCUCCAACCUCCACAACUCCACCCUCUCUGUCUUCCGUUUCACCAUCAGCAUCACCCACCAUGCCACCUGCAUACUCGGUGGCAACCCCUCGUGGCGAUGAAGUCCCCCUCAAGACUCCAAGUCCUGUCAAUACUAUCAGUGUUCCUCAUCGACUGAGCAAAGCAGAUUUGAGAAAAUUAGCCACAGAGAUCUUCCAUGUUGUGCCAAGCCGCAAGGAGGAGGUGAUGAACCUAGUGAAAGAUGCCCUUGAUUGCCUGCAUGAAGCCUGGGAAAGGGGGUUAGACCCUUCCCUUGUAGAACCUCCCGAAUCAUUCAUAACAUCUUCACCUCCAUUAAGUCAAAAUGAAGACAGUUCUGAAGAAGAAGAGGAAGGCAGUGCCAGAAUCUUCAGACAGCUGCUGUUCAGCCUGACGCGGGAGAUCGUCAGCGAGGCGUACCAACACCAGCACACCCCCGUGCCCCCACCGUGGAUAAAGCAGCCUUUCCCACCCACGAAGAUUCUCUUAGCUGUUCGCACAAGUUCCAAGCCUUCUUUGUACGCUCACGCUGAAGAGAAGGUUAAAGUGCUGUUUGGGUGGAGUCCCUCAUCCAAGAAAGAGUCGUUGAUGAUGCGAUGGGCGAGGAAGCACAGGGACCUCGUGGAUCAGGUUUUGGUACGAGAGCUGCAAGCAGAGGAAUCUAGCUGGACACAGUAUGAUGAGGAUGAAGCAUCAGUGAAAGUACAAGUUGCAAGUGAAAUACUUGAUGACCUUGUCUCAGACACUGUCACAGUAUUCACGGAAAUCAUAGCGAGGAAGAUGACACUUAUUGGAAGCUAGGAAGUCAUUCAUAUGGAAAAGGAUUUCUUCAAUGUCUUGAUUUUGCCUCUGAUUGCACUGCAUAGCUGGUUAGGCAAUUUCAUUGUUUACAUAUUUUACUUUGACAAUUUUUUUUCAUUAUAGCUUUCAUUUUCUGCACCACUCUUGUUUAUUAGUUUAAAUGUUACAUUGGAAAAAAAACACAACCGUCCAGUUUUACCUCGACAACAAAAAGACUACACUUGCCAUGAGAAAUGGCAAAUUUCUGUAAACAAUACUGUGUUAGGCAUUUGAAUACUAACAUUACAAGCACUGUGAUAUUUCAGGUGUGUCAAAGGAUAUGUUUUGAAAUUGAAGCUCAAUUGGAUAAUGCUUUACCACCAGUAAUGACUGCCUUAGUGUAAAGUUAGUAUAUGUGAGAAAGGCAUUUAUGAUGUGGUGUAUGCCAUUGAGUUUGCAUUUUUAAAAACAUUUUCCACAUUUUGUGUGAUAGAAGUUAUUUUUUAGCAAUAUCAAUAACUUUUUUGUUUUAAGAUUGCUGUGUAUUGUUUUUGUACAACCCAAAAUAAAUUUGUAAGUGAUU